AUGGCCAAACAAUCAAAUCAAAGCACCAAUGGCUUUUAUUUAUCCGUCAUGAUGAUGAUCGUGUUUCUAUCAUUGUGUUGUAUGAUUGAAAAUUCUCUACAACAAAAUUUUGUCACCUUCAAUUAUUAUCCAAAUGAAGGGAAGCUUUUCUCCUCCGAUAGCAAAUUCGUCAAUGUUCAGGGGAGUAUUCAAAGUGGUUAUUGUAAUGCCCUACUGAGUGAUUUUGAGCAGUAUGGAGCAUCGGCUUUUUGUUUUUCAGACAAUGCUGGUCUGACCAUUUAUUUGGGAUAUGGAUAUUCAUUGAGUGGGAUUAGAUCAGGAACGGACAGUGAUGGAAGAUUUGUGAAAAUUGAACCAGCUUCUUCUGUUGAUUUCAGUGCUGCACUAGAUCAGUUAACUAUUAAUCCUUCGAGAAAUUCAUAUAUGAUUGUGAGUGCUGUGGGAAGCUAUGUUAAUCUGCCAGGAGCUCGAUUAAGCUAUUCCGUUAUUACUAGUGAUGCAAAAGUGAAUCAAUAUUUGGCAAAACGUUAUCAAACUCAAAAUCCAAUUAUUUUCUUUCCAUUAACUGAACUUUCUGGUACCUCAUUACAAAUACAACUUUCUGCUAAUUCGUCUGAUUGGAAUUUGGCGAGAUCAGCUUCUACGAUCAUUAAAAAUGUUUCGUAUGAUAGGAGGACAUCGUACAACUAUGGAAAAUCAUCAACAAAGUGCGUAGACUAUAAUUGUUUUAUAGAGACAAUGGUAAACGAGACACUUGUGGAUAAUCCUUCAGUUAAUUAUUAUUUUAAUGGAAAUUUAGCAUCAAGUUUGAAUAACUUUCAAAUGGCAAAGUUUACACCAGCAAUUUUUAAAUUGACAUCUAGUUCUACAACUUUGAAAACUGUUUUCACCACAAACGAAACUUUAAACACUGACAUAAUAACUGAUUCAUUUUCAUUAUUAACUGGUUAUUAUUUGAAGAAUGGUGAUAAAAUUCACUCUCAAAGUCAACCGAUCACUAUCAUUUUGGAAUCAAGAGACACAAAUGCUUUCCCAUUGGAAGCUAUUACUUCUCUGAAUUGGUAUUUGAGUGUUUCAGCAAGUGUUGACCUUUCUCAAUAUUCCAACAAGAGAUAUUUGACAUUACCUGCCAACAUAUUCUCUUCCAAUCAAGUUUUGGUAAAAGCAGAGGUCAAUUUCAACGAUGGAACGCAAAUAACUCUUUCAACCACUUUAUAUAUUCAGAAUAUUGGAACUUUAACAUUGACUAUGGAUCCAACAAGCCCAUAUCUCACAUCGGGGGCACAAGUCAAUUUGAUAACUUAUGUAAAUGUACCUACAGUUACUAUUCAAUCCGUUGUGUAUGAAGAUAGCGCAUCGAAAUACAUUUCUCUUGAUUCAAUCAAAUCAGAGUUUAAUACUAGCUCUAUAAUUUCCGCAACACUUAAGGCAGAUACUCCAGGAUCGCUUAGUUUUAUGCAAACUAUCAAGCUCACUUCAGGAAUAUCUCUCUAUAAUUAUAUUUCAACAAAGGUCAUGCCUAAAUAUCCACUUAUUUCUGGUUGUUCUGUUUUGCCAAGUUAUGGAAUCGGUUAUGAAGAUUUGUUUGGAGUCUCAUGUCCAAUGGCUCUUGACCAAACCAAGAUUUCAUCCGUUAGAGUUGAAGUCUAUCAAGACACCGAAAAGCUUUUCACCCUUUUCAAUACCAAAACUGCAAACUUUGCAACAAGAUUGCCUUUAACCUUAGCAACAACUAGUAGUUAUGUACAGGUAACAAUUACAGAUAUUUUUGGAUAUUCACACUCGUCUGUCAAAUUUUAUUACUCUGCUAGUAUGAAUCAAAAUUAUCCUACAACACUGUUGGGCAGGAUUGAAAGGAUUCAAUUCUAUUUGAGCCAAACAAAGGCAAGAAACUUCCAAACGGCAACUAAUUAUGGUAUAUUGUUAAACUUGUUAACAAAUGGCAUGCUCACAAGUGCUACCGCAAUUGAAAUUUCUCAAUAUUCAGUACAAUGGAACUCAUUCUUGGAUUAUUUUGUAUCUGAAUUGGAUAUUCUAAGAAGAACCAUUUUUCACAGCUCUGUCUACGAUAGGGCUGUACCAUUAUUGGCACCUCUACUUAGAGAAAUUGUUGAUUUUGCCGAUAAGGUUUCGGCAUACACAACUUUAAUAUCAACAAAGAAACAAGUGCUUGUACAAAAUGCAGAAUUUUUGAUUAGUAAUGACAAAUCAGGAUGGCUAUCUACGAGGGAUCGUGCAGCUAUUGUCAGAAUUUUGGGAUCAGUCACUGCUUCAGAUCAAACAACGUUUUGGAAUGUUACCUCAUUAACAGAUAUUUCAGAUUUCAGCACAGCUUUCAAAUCACAACUUUCCAAGUUAGAUUCCAUGUUUAACAGAGGAUUAGAUUUAUCUCCUUUUGGAUUUAAUAAGCAAAUUAGCAAAUUUGAUACACUAUUCGAUUUAUCAUCAGCCCAGAGAAGCAUUUCAGGUUUGACAGUUCAAAUGCCAGCAUUAACUCUCAAUGAUUAUGGUUAUCCAGCCAAUAGCUAUUCUCUCUUACUUACAAGUUAUGAUAUUUCAACUCAAGUAUCCUCAAAGAAAUUUAGUCUAAGUACUGGAAACUAUUCAAGGUUUUGUGGAAAUACACUCUUUUCAAUUGAUGUUGGAAGGAGUGAUGGAAGUAUUUUGGGAGUUUCAGGACUCUCAUCACCUAUUAUUCUCACAAUGGAUUUAUCUCUUGAUAGUUCUUUAGCCACUUCAAUUAGUAGUGUUAAUUUUACUUGUAGAUAUUUGGCUGAAAACAAUAUGUGGUCUACGAGUGGUGUGGCAACAGAGGUCGUAACAGUUGGUUCAGCAUCAGUUAAAGUCAGAUGUAAAAGUAACCAUCUCAGUACCUUUACAGUUUUUGCAGAUGAUGUUUAUGUCUCCACAACUAAUAAUUCAACAACCUCAAAUACCGAUAAGGUAAUACAAUCAGGAUUAUCGCAAGGAGAAAUUGCUGCUGCUGUGGUAGUGCCUGUCGUUGUUGUUUUAAUUAUUACUGUAAUUAUUAUUGGAAUUGUUAUUUUCCUGUUAUUGAGAAUGAAGAGAAAGAAAAAAGCUAAUACAGCAGAACCUAAAAAGAUGAAGAAAGAAAUCAAUGCUUACCAAGCUGAUUCAGUUAAAUAUGACGACCUAAAGAUUGAAAUGAGCAGUAACAUGUUUAUCUCUGAUUACAAAUCGCUCAAUUCGAAUACUAUUCCUUCUGCAACUUCUGUUCAAUCAACAGAGACACCAACGAGUUAUAAUGUUACAACUCCAUCCACAUCUACGAAUGUCAUUAACAAGAAAUAUGAAAUUUUGGAAAAGAUUGGUGCAGGAGGUUUCGGCGCAGUUUUUAGAGCUAGAAACUUGUUUUUCAAUCAUGGAUCCAAAACUGUCAAUGAUUUGGAAUAUUAUGCCAUUAAGAAGAUUCAAUUAUCUGGUCUGUCCGAGUUGAAUGACAAAUUCAAGGAAGCUGUCAACAUGUUCAAGAUUCGUCACGAAAAUUUAGUAUCCUUGGAAGAUGCAGUGGUUGAUGAAUCAACCAAUUCCCUCUAUCUAGUAAUGAAAUUUUAUGGAAAUGGAGAUUUGGAUCAUUUUGUAAAGAGUAAGAGAAUGCUUCCAGAACAAGUACUUAAACAAAUCAUUGUUCAGGUUUGCAGAGGUUUGAAAUAUUUGGAAGAAGAAAGAGGUUUAAUUCACAGAGAUAUCAAACCAUCCAAUGUAUUUGUUGAAUAUUUCGAUUCUGAAAGAGAUAACAUUAAGGUAGUAGUGUCUGACUUUGGUUUAGCCAAAGAGUCGAACAUGAUGACUUCAGUUUCGUUUGCAGGAACACCAUUUUUCAUGAGUCCACAAGCAUUAAUUGGUUCCAAGUACAGUUUCAAUGCUGACAUAUUUUCACUAGGUUGUAGCAUCUUUUUAAUGAUUACACACGACAUGUCCUCAUCCAUUGCUCAAUUAUACUUCCAAAAAGCAGGAAAUCAAGGUCAGGUACAUGAAUUUAUCAGAGACAAUAUUAAGAAGGCAUGCCAGAAUAGUAGAACAAUUUCAUACAGUGAUGAAUUUAUCGAUAUUUUAUUGAAAUUAAUGGAAUUUGAUGCAGAUACUAGACCUAAUGCAGCAAAAGUUUUGGAAAUGAUUGAAAAUUCAGUGGAAAUUACAACUGUUUAAUGAACAUUGUAUAUUUUCUACAGUUCAAAUAAAUAGUAGAUUUAUC